CCAUACUGCACUGUUUACGAAGUCGAAAAUUGUAAAGAAAUUUCAUGAUUUUAACAUCAAAUAAUCGUUUAAAAUGGACAAAAUCUCUGAAAACUAUGAAAGCGAGCUCAAACCUGACUUGGAGUGUGGAAAAGCGAUAUGCCGAUGUUGUCUUACCACCGACAAACGUCUGACGAGGAUCGAUCUCUUUCGAAGUCUUUUUAUCGAUUUAGCUGAUAUUGUGGUAACAGAGUCGGAUGGUCUGCCACAGUGGAUUUGCUGGGAGUGCAGCGCCUUGCUGCUCAAGAGUGUCAAGUUCAAGCACAAGGUGCUCCGAGCACACGCCAUGCUGUAUGACUAUCAUAGGAGAUGUGCACCUUUCCCAAUAGAUGGUGCGGAUCCUGAACUCACAAAAUACGCAAGCCCACACCUAAGUACCUGUACCACCCUCGUUUUUGACACUGGAAAAGAAAAAAAAAUUGGUUAUCAUCAAGUUUUAGAGCACGAAAAAUCUAUAGUCAAGUCCCAACUAGAUGACAUUUUAAUAGUAGAAGCGGAUGACACAAACUUUUAUGAUGACCAAAUAUCAGUUAAGGAUGAAGCAAUGUUGUCAGACUGUGACGACAAUGUUCCUUUGCAUGAAAUUAGAUCAAAUAAAAAUGAAUGUGAAGGGCAAUUAUUACCUAAAACGGAGAUAAAAGAAGAGAAGAAAGAAAGAAAGAAGAAAGUAAGGAAAAAGAUUAAAACCAAGAGAAAACAAGAGAAUUUAGACACAGCAUUUGAGGCUUUUGAACCAAAGAGAAGUUUGAGGAGACCACUAGAGAUAGAUGAAACUAAGAUUAGGAUUAUCAAAUUGGACCCAGCUGAACAGCUCCGACAAAAAGAGGAAGAAACCAAAGCAAAACUAAAAUUCCCGUACCAAUGCCAUCUGUGUUUCAAAGGCUUCAACUUUGAAGCCAAACUCAAGAACCACAUGUUCAAACACAGUCCGUCCCGCGGCCCAUACAAAUGCUCGCUAUGCUCUAUGCAUCUACCUACCGCAUAUUCCGCAUCGGUUCACUCGUUGACGCACACGCUUCGCUACGAGUGCGUUCAGUGCGGACGACGCAUGAUUGACAGACUGGCCAUCAUUAACCAUUACCGAUCUCAACACGAAGGUGUUACAUCGGUGUUUACUUGCCAUCUCUGUGGGAAAAUUUCAACCAACGACAAAACCCACCGCGGCCACAUGCGGAACCACCACACCGGAGCCGGUCGCGUCACGUGCAACGAAUGUGGGAAGAGCUUCGUCAAUAAGGACUCCCUCAUCGAGCAUCAGCUAAUACACCAAGGCGUCAAAAACUACGAAUGUCCGGAAUGUAAGAAGAUGUUUCGGACGAGGAAUCAAAUCCGACACCACAUGGUCAAGCAUAGCGAUUCCAAGGACUUCUAUUGCGUUGAGUGUGAUGUCAGAUUUAAAUCAGCUCACACAUUGCGACAACAUCUGAAGAGGACGACAAAGCACAAAGAGGGUAAAACCCCCAAGUUGGAGUGUCCAGUAUGUUCGAAGGGGUUCUCAUCCGCGAACGCACUGCAGGCGCACGUCCGCAUCCAACACGAAGGUGUCAGGGAGCACCGCUGUCCGCAGUGCGACUCCGCCCUGGCCACCAGGGCUUCGUUGAUGAAGCAUAUCAAAGCAGUGCAUCGAGGCAUUAGGGCUCCACCCGUUCAUGUCUGCCAUACGUGUGGGAAAAUGUUUAGGGCCAAGAGCACGCUAACGAACCACGUGCGCACGCACACGGGCGAGAAGCCGUUCCCGUGCGCGGAGUGCGGCCGCAGCUUCGCGCAGCGCACCGCCAUGCGCACGCACGUCAAGCUCGUGCACCUCAAGAUACACCGCAGCGCCAAGAUAAAACCGAAACUUCCUCCACCGCCGGAGCCUUUGCCCCAAAAAGCAGACAUCUUCAAAGAAGACCCCCCCAUCAUGUUCGAGUGGGGUCGACAGAACCUCCCGUGCGAGUAUUUCACAGUCACCGCGGGACCCUAAAACAAAACUAAAUUAUAAUGCAUACAGUUUGAGAAAGGACUCAUUAUGGACUAAAAUCGUACUUUUGUCAUCACAUUCAGACACAUGGAGCA